AAUGACGAAACUGAAAUUGGCGAUAAACAAGAAGCAGCAAUUUGGGUUAGAGUCACAGAAGCAAGCAAAUUUACAUCUACAUGUCCUCCUCUCCCUCUCCUUCUUCCCAACAUGUCUUUCCUUCCUCUAUUCCUCUCUGUAGUCUUCAAUCCCCCGUUGUCUCUCGUUGGUUCCGUCCUCGCCCUCGUUCUCGCAGACGGCUCAAGAACCUCACCAACCUACCCACUCUCAUCUCCACCAAAACCUCUUCCGAUCCUAAGCUUCAAACUGUCAUCGACAUUAAUUACCUGACUGCCCAAGCUUCCUCCUCUUUCCGUACUCUUUUCCCUUCUCUGGAGUCCUAUCUCAGCGAUUUCGUUUCUUCCGGUGUAGAGGCUUAUAGGGAUUUACAAACCUUAAUCACCAUUGAUGAAAACCGUAGAGUUGUGCUUUCUUGUCGCCCUUCAACGCUGCAUUUUAUUGGCACUGCAGCGGUUUUGAGCUUCGUCUCGAUUUCUAUCUUGAGGGCUUUGAUCAAGUUGGUUUCUCGGUUUCGGCUUUGGGGUCGAAAUGCGUCUGCGGACGCUCCCUUGGUGCGGAGGGACCGGAGUCUUGGGGGGAAAGAGGUCAUUGUUGGCUGGAACAAUAACACCAACCCUCACUCGAGGGUCUCAGCGAAUCCAUUAUCACCGUCUCAGAUGUCUGUGCCGGGCAUUCCGAAGAGAGCCGCUGAGAGUAGAGUACGGGUUGAAGUGAAGUUGCCCCAGUGGUGGCCGACUCGAGUAACGCGUGCCGUUUCGACAGAAUACGAGCAGGAAUAUAGAAGGGAUGCUUACAGAGUAGUUCGAGCAAUCAAGGAUAGUAGAAUGGGCGGAAAGGACAUCAAGGAGGACGAGAUACUUCAAGUCAGUUUUUUGUUACGUCAAAUUUGCAGAACUUCCGGAGUGCAAGUAUCUGUUGACCCGCCAAACCUACGGGAUUCCUUGUAUCGAGCGUCUGUUGAAUUUGUUUUGAAUAUUUGUGGCAGGGCACCAAGGUACUCUACUUCAAUUGAGAUUAAUGGUGAGGAUUCUCGAGAAUUUCUUGCUGGGUUUGCUGAAAACAUUGGGCUUGAAAAUAUUCGUGCUGCAACAAUUGUGUCUGCCGCUGUUGCUGCACGUACACGCUCUUGUCUUCUUCAGGCCUGGGCUCUGGAAAUGCAAGGUAAACAUGAAGAAACUAAGUUGGAACUGUCAAAAAUAUGCCGCCUUCUGCGUAUAUUUCCUCCUGAGGAUUCCUCACCAGAAAUGGAGAUGGUGGCUCGGGGCUUGGAGAAGCACUUGAAACUAGAACAAAGGAAACACCUCAUGGAUAUUUUUGCAGGAGUUUGUGGUGAGGCAAGUCACCAAAUUGCAAGAGAAGCUCUUGGUUUGAUACAUCUGCCAAAUUGCAGCGAUCAAUUUGAAGACAGAAUUCUUUGAGUUUAAGUAAAUCCCCAUUUUUCAACUUGUAUUCUUUUAAAAAUUUGUAGUUCAUUUGAUCGCUUAGGUAGGUUAUUUGUUAUUUAUAUUAUUUGAUAGUAGUAUCAAUAAAGCCCGAGGGGUUCCCCUGGGAAGAAACGGCUAUUAGAGAGGCAAAUAUUUAAUUAAGGAUGUUUUUAGAAAGAUUAGACAUUUUAAAGAUAUAAACUAAUCUUCACGACAAAAUAUAGAAGUUUUGUUUAAUCA